GGGUGAGGAAUGGGUGUUUUCAAUGUCUUUUGCGGAGCCUCGGAUUGAGAUUGGGACUCUUGCUUCGGGAUUUGGUUUGCGGUCAAGGUUGAACUUGAGCUUUGGUUUGAGCUUAAGCUGGUAGUUGAGUUGGAGCUUGGGAUUGUGUUCAAGGAUUGAGUUUGCUUUGGCUGUUGUUGCUGUGAGAGUGCAAAAUCGGGAGCCAGUUGUUUUUUCUUCAAAAGUGUGGAAGUCGAGUUGACUCUCUUUAGGGGGUCUUUAGGGUCUGAAGGAUGGGAGUGGCUGUCGCCAGAGACCGAGAAGAGGUUCUUGAAUUUCUGGGAGACGGAGCUGCUCCGGUGUACUCUUCGGUUGUGUUCGGAGUCGGACUCACCAUUUGUGGACGCUACCGACGAAUUGGAGGACGCCGAGGUGAUUGGCUGCAACAUUGGCGGUUGGGGGUGGUUAUUGUUGAAGGAGGACACGGGGUUCAUCGACGGAGAGUUGGAUGGCGUUGGAGAGCUCGACUUCGAGGUCGGAACCGCCGUGGUGCUCUUCGACUCUUUUCUGAACAGGGGCAUGGUGCAGGUGCAGGUGCAGGUGCAGCUUUUCCUGCUCUAGACAGCGGAAACGAUGAGGAGAGGGGAGGGGAGGCUGCAAAAGUGCCGAGGCUUGUUCGGCUUCUCUGGAGGUCGGGGCAAGCAGACGACCGUGAUGGUGUGCGUCUGGGGGAUCUGUGCCGGAGCCUGUUUGCAGCAAGUGUGCAGGUGAACAAGGACGCCUGAUGUCUGUAUCUGUGUCCAGCUCAGUUGCACGACAAACACAGCCCUUACUGGAGCACUGAACGGCUAGACUAUCCGUGGAAACAAACGAGAACCCGAGGCCCG